GCAGAGGCUCACUGUUAGGAAGUUUGCUUACGACUUAUAUGGCACACUUGUAGCAGGGUAGACCACUCCCUGGCCAUUUUUAUUUACCCCUACGGUGUAUGGAAAGUGCUCCUGGAUGGAACUGGGCGAAAACAGCUGGUCCAUGGUCAAGCGAGAAGUGUCCAGCAGCCCAGGGUCACCGGCUGAGCAGAACUACCUGCCCGGUGACAGCAGGAGGGACGGCACCACCUCGGAUGAGCUGAGGACACCUCCGAACGAGCUUGACGCGCUAGGGCACCGUCGCUCCGACAGCAGAUCCCUGCACUCCUACCUUCACUUCGGACACCAUAACAACACCCUGACCACUACCGAGGAUAUCCCGCUGUUUACGGAUUUAGACCAGGGGAGCAAACUCGUCCUCUCCACCGGAGCACACAAGACAAGCUUGCUGGUGGACCCGGCCGACAUGUACCAAACACUGGCCAUUGCGGCCCAGAGCCAGACUGGAUAUGAUUCGAGUUCUGGUGGUUAUAUGCACUCCAACCCUAACUCCCCAGUGUAUGUCCCUAGCUCACGGGUGGGCACCAUGAUCCCCAGCCUGUCUUAUCUGCCAGCCAACGUGUCUGCUCAGCCCGGCCACGCCGUCUCCAGUCACUCGGUGUGGUCACAGUCCACCCCGGAGAGCCCUUCGUACAGCACGGGGAGCCCGCACGCCUCCAGUCGUUUCCACUACCCUCCAAGCCCGCCCAUCAAUAACGGGACCCCCAGGGACACGGGCUACAGUAACACACUGAAUAUGAGCAGCAGAGACCAGUACAGCCUUUCUCGUCCCCUCAGCGGGACCUACCCGAGCCCAUACUCCCCGUACGUUGCACCCCAGCUACCCUCGCCCUGGCCCGGGGCACCUUUUGAUAACACGAUGCUCCACACCUUGCAAAGCAGGAGUGCGCCCUUGAUUCGAGGACCAAAUGGAGUUUCAGAUAUUCUGGACGACAUGGGGGAGAGCAGAGAGUGCGUGAACUGCGGCUCCAUCUCCACGCCGCUGUGGAGGCGCGAUGGCACGGGCCACUUUCUCUGCAACGCCUGCGGCCUCUAUAGCAAAAUGAAUGGUCUGAGCCGGCCAUUAAUUAAACCACCGAAACGGACGUCAACGUCCAGAAGAAUCGGCCUUUCCUGCGCCAACUGUCAAACCAGUACCACCACUCUGUGGCGCAGAAACGCGGAGGGAGAGCCGGUGUGUAACGCGUGCGGCCUCUACACAAAAUUACACGGAGUACCUCGGCCGCUCGCCAUGAAGAAAGAGGGAAUCCAGACGAGAAAAAGAAAACCGAAAACUUUGAAUAAAGCAAAGGGAUCCUCUGGAAGUAGCAACUCUGUCUCCAUGACUCCUACAUCCACCUCUUCAUCCAAUUCCGAAGACUGCUCGAAAACCAGCUCUCCCUCUGGACAAGUGUCAGGGAUCAGUUCAUCUGUGCUGUCCAGCUCCGGGGAGGGAGCAGGCUCGGGCUCGGCCGUCAAGUACUCGGGACAGGACGGCCUGUACGGCAGCGUGAGCUUGACCCAGUCAUCGGACGUGGCUUCAGUGAGAGGCGAACCCUGGUGCCCCAUGGCCUUAGCCUGAACAUUUUAACCUUCUGGGCGGACAGAGAUCCCCGGCCCCUCGUGUCUGGAUGCUGUGUAUAGUGGAAGUAUUUGGGUGCAGUGUUGGUUUCCUUCCCUCUCAGCUGAUGCAAGAAGAGUUGGACGAGAGGGGGAAAGAAGUUUGAGAUGACCUUAAGUCAGACUAGAAGCUUGAAUCAAGCAUGGAGUAUCUGCGAUUGGGUUCCAGAUUGAUGUCAGGGUCUUUUUUUUAUUUUUUGCCUUACAACAACAUCAACAACAAAAGGGAAACGCCAGGCCAAAUGAUCAAUUAGGUGGCCUGCUAUGGAUGGUUGCUGGACCUGCACUCGGUAUCUCUCCCAUCCGUGGCACACAGAACCAAAUCUGGGUUCCUUAAAGAAAGCCAUCUUGUACAUAAUGGAUUUCUCUUUGAAGAUGUUGAUUGGAUAUCAGUGCUUCACACAAGCGCUGAACUCUUUGUGGACUUUUUUUGAUUUUUUGUUUUUUCCAAAACUGGAAUCAUGCCAUAAGU